CGCCAUCUUGCCCCUUCUGAGGCACAGCAAACAAACCCAAUUCCUGGUGUCCCCUAGUCUUGGUGGAGGAUCCUUUUAGAUGAGCCCAGAAAGGCCGGGCAGGGAAGACAAGCUCUUUGGGGCUACCAAAAAGAAGCAGCAAUGCCUGUUGUGUGGCCAACACUUUUGGAUCUCAGCAGGGAUGAAUGCAAAAGGAUUCUUCGAAAAUUGGAAUUGGAGGCAUAUGCUGGAGUUAUCAGUGCACUUCGGGCACAGGGAGAUCUCACCAAGGAAAAGAAAGAUCUUCUUGGAGAACUCUCAAAAGUUCUUAGCAUCUCAACAGAGCGCCACCGUGCUGAAGUUCGGAGAGCAGUAAACGAUGAACGGUUAACAACAAUUGCACAUAAAAUGAAUUUAUCCUUAUAUUUGGGUGAAAGACCAAGUUACAGUAUGUCUGGACCUAAUAGCUCUUCAGAAUGGUCCAUUGAAGGUCGUCGAUUGGUACCCCUGAUGCCUCGGCUGGUUCCCCAAACUGCCUUCACUGUAACAGCUAAUGCUGUUGCCAAUGCAGCUAUCCAGCACAAUGCAUCUCUUCCAGUGCCUGCAGAAACAGGAAGCAAGGAAGUAGUGGUUUGUUAUUCCUACACAAGUACCACGUCAACCCCAACCUCUACCCCUGUUCCAAGUGGCAGCAUAGCAACGGUUAAGUCUCCAAGACCUGCCAGUCCUGCCUCCAAUGUAGUUGUCUUGCCAAGUGGAAGUACUGUUUAUGUCAAAAGUGUUAGCUGUUCAGAUGAAGAUGAAAAACCCAGAAAACGAAGGCGAACAAACUCUUCUAGCUCCUCCCCCGUUGUCCUAAAGGAAGUUCCAAAGGCUGUUGUUCCAGUCUCAAAGACGAUCACUGUACCUGUGAGUGGCAGUCCUAAGAUGAGCAACAUCAUGCAGAGCAUUGCCAACUCCUUACCACCCCACAUGUCUCCUGUGAAAAUAACCUUCACUAAACCAUCAACACAGACAACAAACACAACAACACAGAAGGUUAUUAUAGUGACCACAUCACCAAGUUCAACCUUCGUGCCCAACAUUCUCUCCAAAUCCCAUAACUAUGCAGCAGUCACUAAGCUUGUACCAACUUCAGUCAUUGCUUCCACAACCCAGAAGCCACCAGUGGUUAUAACUGCUUCACAGUCCUCUCUGGUCAGUAGUAGCAGCAGUGGCAGCAGCAGUUCUACACCAUCACCUAUUCCUAAUACAGUUGCAGUAACAGCUGUGGUUUCUUCCACACCAUCUGUGGUCAUGUCAACAGUAGCACAAGGUGUAUCUACAUCAGCAAUCAAAAUGGCAUCAACCAGACUUCCUUCUCCCAAAAGCUUAGUGGGUGCCCCAACUCAGAUUCUUGCACAGUUUCCUAAACAGCAUCAACAGUCUCCUAAGCAGCAGUUACAUCAAGUACAGCAACAGACACAGCAACAGGUGGCCCAGCCUUCUCCAGUAUCUCAUCAGCAACAGCCUCAGCAGUCUCCUUUGCCACCUGGUAUCAAGCCUACCAUUCAAAUCAAACAGGAGUCAGGUGUUAAAAUCAUCACACAACAAGUUCAACCAAGUAAAAUCUUACCCAAACCAGUGACAGCAACUCUGCCCACCAGUAGCAAUUCCCCAAUUAUGGUGGUUAGCAGUAAUGGUGCAAUUAUGACAACUAAACUUGUAACCACUCCUACUGGCACACAGGCAACCUAUACUCGGCCAACAGUGAGCCCAUCUAUAGGUCGGAUGGCUGCAACCCCUGGAGCUGCAACAUACGUGAAAACUACCAGUGGUAGCAUUAUUACAGUAGUACCCAAAUCAUUAGCUACCUUGGGGGGCAAGAUAAUUAGCAGUAAUAUAGUUUCUGGAACGACUACCAAAAUCACUACAAUCCCAAUGACUUCCAAGCCCAAUGUGAUUGUUGUGCAAAAGACUACAGGAAAAGGAACCACCAUUCAAGGCCUCCCGGGCAAAAACGUUGUCACAACAUUACUUAAUGCUGGAGGAGAAAAGACUAUUCAGACGGUGCCAACAGGAGCAAAACCAGCUAUUAUCACUGCUACAAGACCCAUCACCAAAAUGAUUGUAACUCAGCCAAAAGGAAUAGGUUCUACAGUUCAACCAGCAGCUAAAAUCAUCCCAACAAAAAUUGUUUAUGGGCAGCAAGGGAAAACACAGGUUCUUAUUAAACCUAAACCAGUGACGUUUCAAGCUACAGUUGUUAGUGAGCAAACAAGGCAGCUGGUCACGGAAACAUUACAGCAAGCAUCCAGGGUGGCAGAGGCUGGUAAUUCAUCUAUUCAGGAGGGAAAAGAAGAACCACAGAGUUAUACAGAUAGUAGUUCCUCUUCUACGGAGUCCUCCCAAAGUUCCCAAGAUUCCCAGCCUGUAGUUCAUGUAAUUGCUUCCCGGCGUCAGGAUUGGUCAGAACAUGAGAUUGCAAUGGAGACUAGCCCCACCAUAAUUUAUCAGGAUGUAUCCAGUGAAUCACAAUCAGCUACUUCAACAAUCAAAGCUCUGUUAGAACUCCAACAGACAACAGUAAAGGAAAAAUUGGAAUCUAAACCAAGACAACCCACUAUUGACUUGAGUCAAAUGGCAGUGCCUAUUCAGAUGACCCAGGAAAAGAGACAUUCUCCUGAGAGUCCAUCAAUUGCUGUGGUAGAGUCCGAACUAGUUGCUGAAUACAUCACUACUGAACGCACUGAUGAGGGGACAGAGGUUGCUUUUCCCCUUCUAGAUGCUGUGGUGAUUUCUGGAGAAAUAUCAUCACCUCCUCUAUUUUCAGUCAGCCAUCGCUCCCAGCCCCAACAGCCCUCCCAGCCUCAGCGGACCCUCCUCCAGCACGUGGCUCAGUCACAGACCGCAACACAGACUUCGGUGGUGGUGAAGUCCAUCCCAGCAUCUUCCCCUGGAGCAAUCACCCACAUCAUGCAGCAGGCAUUAAGCAGUCACACUGCUUUUACCAAACACAGCGAGGAACUUGGAACUGAGGAGGGCGAGGUUGAAGAGAUGGACACUUUAGACCCUCAGACAGGUCUGUUUUAUCGAUCUGCCCUGACUCAGUCACAGUCAGCUAAACAGCAGAAACUUAGCCAGCCACAGCUGGAACAGACUCAGCUGCAAGUGAAAACUCUGCAGUGCUUCCAGACUAAACAGAAGCAGACCAUCCACCUGCAGGCAGACCAGCUCCAGCACAAACUCCCGCAAAUGCCCCAGCUUUCCAUCAGGCAUCAAAAACUCACCCCUCUCCAGCAAGAACAAGCACAGCCCAAGCCAGAUGUACAGCACACACAGCAUCCCAUGGUGGCCAAAGACAGGCAGCUUCCUACCUUAAUGGCACAGCCCCCACAAACUGUAGUACAGGUGCUUGCAGUGAAAACCACGCAGCAGCUCCCCAAACUGCAGCAGGCUCCGAACCAACCAAAAAUCUACGUGCAGCCCCAAACCCCCCAGAGCCAAAUGCCGCUCCCAGCCUCGUCAGAGAAACAGCCGGCAAGCCAGGUGGAGCAGCCAGUUAUAACCCAAGGAUCCUCUGUUACAAAGAUAACUUUUGAGGGGCGCCAGCCUCCCACAGUUACAAAGAUAACUGGUGGCAGUUCUGUGCCUAAGUUGACAUCACCAGUUACAAGCAUAUCUCCCAUUCAGGCCUCUGAGAAGACAGCAGUGUCAGACAUUUUGAAAAUGUCUUUGAUGGAAGCUCAGAUUGAUACAAAUGUAGAGCAUAUGGUAGUGGAUCCCCCAAAGAAGGCUCUUGCCACUAGUAUGCUCACUGGUGAAGCAGGAUCAUUAUCCUCCACCCAUGUGGUGGUGGCAGGGAUGGCGAAUUCCACUCCCCAGCAACAGAAAUGUAGAGAGUCCUGUUCAAGUCCAUCUGCUGUUGGCCCUCCCCUAACGACAAGGAAAAUCGAUGCACCAGGAGUGCCUACGACAGGCCAGUUCAUGCGUAUUCAGAAUGUAGGCCAAAAGAAAGCUGAAGAGAGCCCAGCAGAAAUUAUCAUCCAGAAACUGUUUUCCUUUUCAUGUGUGGUCACUGAAGUCUGUAUUCCUCAGCAUGUAUUCAAUUAGUGUUUGACAGAGAGUUCCUUGAACCCCAGGAGCUAAGCAAACACACACACACACACACACACACACACACACACACACGCACACCUCCUUGUAUUUGCAGAUUGGCUUUGUGCUGUGGCCCUUCAACACUUACCCAGACUUCCACUGAGCUUAGAGACCAUCCUGAGGUGAAAGCUUGAGGUCUUCUCAGUUUUUUUUUCCUAAGUAUAUGCAUGGCUUUCUAAAUUUCUCCUUAUAUACAGGUGCUUUUGAAUGCCCUAAUUUAAAAAAACAAAACAAAACAAAACAACAACAAAAAACCACACACACAAAAAAACACUUCCCCAGCUUUUCUUCCUAGUCCUUAGGUGGUUUAUUGAUGUCUCAACCAUAAUCUUUUGCUUCAGGUGUCUGCAGGUUGUUUGUCAGCCUUACCAUGUUUUCAACCAAUAUAUGCUGCUUUUUCAGCCUGAGUGAGUUCUGAUUUAAGUGAGACAGCAAUGAGUGCCUUGCAUAGGUCCUUCAGAUAGCCCUGAGGCAGGUUAGAACAGAUGUACACAAUAAUUUGCAAAUAAGAUUUGCUGUGCUCCUUCCAGAACCAGGAACCAGGGUCCUACACUGAUAACAUGGACAUCUUUAAGACUACUGCCAAGCCCGGGAGAGGAUAGGAUGAAGGCUAGUAAAAUGCCAUAAAGCUUUCCUAUGUUUUUUUUCUGUCUCAUUUUUUUUAUUGUGGUAAAAUAUACAUAACAUAAAAUUUACCAUUUUAACCAUUUUAAGUGCAUAGUUCAUUGGCAUUAUGUACACUCAGAUUGUUGUGCAACCAUUACCACUAUCAGUCUCCAGAACUUUUUCCUCACCCCCAACUGAAACUCAGUACCCAUUAUAUAAUAACUCCUAUUCCUGCCCGCCCCCCAGCCCCUAGUGACCAUCCUACACUUUUCAAGUUGCCUUUUGCUUGAUUCAGCAUUUGGUUAUUGCUGUAAACCUUUGACUAUAUUCCAGAGUCUGACAAAGUUGGUUCUGACAGUUUCUGCUUGUUUUUCAAUGUUUCUGUGGGACGAUGGGAGCUUGGAGCUGAUUACUCCAUUUUGCUGGCAUCAUUAUCAACACAAGAUUUUGUCAUGAGCUAUUUGGAAGAGUGGAAUAGCCAUUAACUGAAGUAGGAAAGACUGUGGGAAGAUAUAAUUUUUAAAAAAUUAAGUUUCAUUGGAGUAUAGUUGCUUUACAAUGUUGUGAAGAUCUAAUUUUGAAGGAGAAUAUCAAAGGCUCAGUUUAGGAUAAAUUAAAUUCAAGAUACCUGCUAGACGUCAAGUGGAAAAGUCAAGUAGAUAGGUAGGGAAGAAAAGAGGUCCAAGGGCUGAUCCCUGGGCAGUCUAGCACACAGGGGUCAGGAAGAUGAGGCAGAACCAGAAAGGAGACUGAGAAGGAGUAGCCAGAAGGAUGGGAGGUAAAGCUGGAGAUUGAGGUGGUAGUAUCUUGGAAACAGCUAAAGAAAGCUGCUAAGUCAAAUAAAAUGAGAACUCACAGCGUUAGCCAUGUGAAGUCAUUGGUGACUUUGGGAAGAGCAGUUAUGGUGGAGAUAGGGACAAAAGCUAGAGGAGAAUGUGAGGAGGAAACUGGUGACUGAGAAUAUAGAUAAUUCAAUGAGUUGCUCUAAAGGGGAGCAAUUUCUAGAAAGGCAAGUGGGGUCAAGAAGUUUGUUUUUUAUUUUAGUUUUGUAACUUAAGGAAAUGGGAUUCCUGAUGGGAUCCGAUGGAGAGGAGAAAGUUUAUAAUGCAGGAGAGGAGAAUUGCUCGUGCACUGUUCUUUAUUGUUUUUUUAUAAUAUAAAUUUAUUUGUUUUAUUUAUUUAUUUUUGUCUGCGUUGGGUCUAAGGCUGUGCGCAGGCUUUCUUAUUUGCGGAGAGCGGAGGCUACCUUUCUUUGCGGUGCGCGGGCUUCUCAUUGCGGUGAGCGGGCUUCGCAUUGCGGUGGCUUCUCUUGUUGUGGAGCACGGGCUCUAGGUGCGUGGGUUUCAGUAGUUGUGACUCGCGGGCUCUAGAGUGCAGGCUCAGUAGUGGUGCACGGGCUUAGUUGCUCUGUGGCAUGUGGGAUCUUCCCAGACCAGGGCUCGAACCCAUGUCCCCAGCAUUGGCAGGCAGAUUCUUAACCACUGCACCACCAUGGAAGCCCUCGUGCACUGUUCUUGAAUAGUGGGAAGGGAAGGGAUUUGCGGACAUGCUGGGUUCAUCCAUUACAACAGAAGAGAAAGAAGAUAUUCAGGAACAGAAGCAGGUAGGUGGGUAGAUAACAUUUGCUUCAAUUUUCUGUUGAGUCUCAAAUCCAUAUUUACAAUAUUAUCUCUUCCCUGAGCCAAAACCAACUGUCUUGAGACAUCCCCAGCUGGAUUUCCUAUAAGUACUUCAGCCUCAAGUUGUCCCAAACCAAGAAAGAUCAACUCCUUUUCUUCUAAUUCUUGGUUUCAUUAGCGACACCAGAGCUGAUGCUGGAAGGAGGGUAGACAUCUUCCAUGGGCAAGAGGGUAGGAGAAUGGAAUAGGCAGAUAACCCAAAGAUGGGGUGGGAAAUUGGGCUUGAGUGUGGAGUGACUAGGGAGCAGUGAGCUGAGAGCAGUCCCCUGGAGGCUGUUACACACCCAGAGGCCAACAAAGCAUUCUGCCAGGGUCUCAUGGAGUUAUCCAUGGUUUGUUACAUGAUCGAAAGGGCUAUUUAUCUUUAGUUUUUCUUCAUAGCAUUAAAUUGUUAUCCUGCUGGAAAAAGAACCCUGACAAGCUCUUUCACCUCCUGGGCCUUGUGUUCCUACUACACCGCACUUAUCCCUGAUUACUGACCAAAUCCCUUCUCACCCUGCAUCUCCAAGGUCACUUCCAGAGAUACUUUCCCAAACCUUUUCCCCCUGAGCCUCUCAUAUAUAUCUCCAUUAUAGCUCUUCUAUAUUUUCAUUAUGGCUCCCAAUUUUUGCUCCAUGAAAGUUUUGCUCUGAGAGUUGGAUUCCUCUUCAUGUCCCUAGAAUAGGACCUGGCGUGGAUGAGGCAUCAACAAAUUUGUUGAUUGGCUGUAUAACAAAAACUCAGACCAUUCUGGUCCUGGGGCUCUGCCCACAGUUGCACAAAUGCUUAUUAACAUUAAAAUGCACAAGUAAAUCCCAGAAAUAACAUCCUUAUUGCAGGCUGUUUUUGGAUGAGGAUGUUAUUGUUGUGAGAUAUUUGUGUAUCAGCCACUCUGGACUCAGAGCACAGUGCCCAUCUCUGCUGUCAUUUGUUCUGUCACUUCAAAGUGCAGGAAAACCAUGGGUGGUGAUUUUAGAAUCUUAUUCAGAACCCUCAGGGAAUGAGUCAUUUCAUAGUGACGACUUUUCCGGAUUGCCACAGUUCAAAUAAAUUAAGCAACAGGACAUUGUUGUUGUUGUUGUUAAUUUUAACCUCUUUAGAAGGUAAAUUUCAGAAAUACAUUAUCCUACCAUCCUGAACAUGAUUCUGCCAUCUCUUGUUUCUUCAGAAUCAUUAUUAUGAACAUAGUUAUAAUUUUUCAGCUCUGCAAUGAGAAUACACAGCCUUGCUAAAGGAGUAAGAGGGGGACAUAAUUCAGUCUCAGUCUCUCCCUGGAGCAGAUCCAGACCAGAGCCCAAAAUCUAAGGUGGAGGCAGCUGAGCUGCCCCAGAAGUCAGAGGGGUAAGUGAGGGAACAGAGUCAGGCCCUGACCUGAGCACAGGACCAGUGAGUCUCCUGCUUCUUUGUGCAUUUGAACUACGUGGAGAUUUGUUAAAAAGCAGAUUCUGUUUCAGUAGAUUUGGGUUCAGUUCUGGGCUGGUAUCUGAAUUCUGCAUUUUUAACAAGAUCUCAGAUGAUGCCAGUGCUGCUGAACCACAGACCACACUUUCAAUAUCAAGUCUUUUGUUGACCUACCAGAGGUCUGCUUGUGAUUUUGUGUGGGUUUUCUUUAGCGAGUCUUUCUGUGGGGCAUCUUACAAGUACCAGGUGGCCUCUGGCAGUAUGCACACAGUGCUCUAAGUUUAUGGAGUGCUCUCACGUGCCCUGUUUCCCUUCUUUCUCACAAUAGUCCUGGGAGGUAAGUUAGCACCAUUUUACUGACUGGGAAACCAGUUCCUGGCAUCUCACAGAUCACGAAAGGGAAGAACCAGGGCUCAUGGCUCCACAUUUAGUACUCUUUCCACUGCUUCUUGCUCCCUCCGCCACAUCUGUGCUGUGUGCCUUACACAGCUCUAUGGACUCAGUGCCGUGGGGAUGCUCUGAAGAAGAUGGUUGCAUGUGCACACACACGUGUGUGCCUGUAUUAAAAUCAAGGGCUGAUCAACAGCUGUAGCACCCGGGCCUGUGCAGUCUCACUUAGGACACCCCAACUGAGAGUGACAUUUCCUCACCCCUCAAAUCUCCCCCUCAGACAAUGACCUUGCCUCAUACUGUACAGACUAAACCCUGGACUCACAAGCGGCAGUGACCAUCUGCAGCGUACGCUGAGAUGCUGUUGGUGCCCCACUCAUCUCCCCUUUAAGCGUUUCCAUUUCAGGGUUGGCUGGCUGGACUCCAUCUCCCAGCUUUGGCCUCUCCCUCCGCCCAAGGGCUUUCUCUGGCACAGGGACCUGUUGUGCCCCAUGCAGGUGCUGAAAUGCUGGGAAAUUUAUGGCCCUGCAGUCAACCAGGGACCAAUGGGAGCUGAUAACAAAAUAACCCAGCUCUCUCGCCUCUUAAUUUGGGAUAACUCGGAGGCAUUUUCCCCACACUAAGCUCCAGUUACCCACAGUGGUAACCUGCUUGGUUAUGUUGCCUUUAUUUGCUGCUUUCCCCUCCCUGCCUCACUUCCCCACUCCUGUAAUAGUGUUUCCAGGGAUCCCCUCUUAAAGAAUGACUUACACGCAACUCUUUGUCUCAUGGUCUGCUGGGGGAACCCAAAUUAAGACACUUCUCCCAACCACUAUUCCUACUGAUCUACUUACAGCUGGACCCACAUGCCUGCCUUCCCUCUAGUCAUAAUGGAGAAAGUAUUCCAGUUUCUUAGUAAGAUUACACCCUCUCCCAGGGAUCUGGAUGACAUCCUCCUGCUUCUUAAGGAUUUCCGUCCUUCAAUUAUCUCCUUUCUCUGCAGCACCAUCUCUCUCUCUCCCUCUCUCCCUCUCUCCCUUUCCUAGAUCAUUCCAACCUACAAACAUGCCUCAAUAGGACCCCUCAGGCCACGGUCUUCUGAUUCUGGCCAAAAUGGAAUAACAAGGACUAGAUUUCUC